AUGACGCGCAGAAUCCCUUGGCGAGAUGGCGACAGUGCCAAGACCAAGAAUUCACCUUGCGGUAGUCCUGCUCAAAGUGGCCCAGCCUCAAGACCAUUAAAACGAGUCAAGGCAGAGAGGGACACUGAUCAGGGAGCAAUUGAAGGCGUUGCCUCUUCACCCAUGUCCAAGCCCAAGCCCAAGCCCAGCAAAUUGCCCACGAGUAAGCGCACUGCUCGACUGGACAAGCAUCAACUUACUGAUGAUGAAGAAGAAGGCACUAGGUCAAAUUCGCAGCCACCUGAACCAAUCAAAGAAAACUUCAUGACAGAUGGACUUGACAAGGAUGACAAGUAUCGCAUGGUGGAAGACGAAUUUCUAUCCACAGCAGGUCAAUUCACGGCGCAUCUCCAUAAAGCCGAGUACCAGAGACUGCAGGAUGAAACAAAAUCCUCAAACGCCACGAAGAUUAGAAAUAUUUCGAGGCCGGUUGUCGGACAUGCCACCGAGCUUGUUAGGACAAAGCACGACCGCAUCAAUCGCCUGCAAAGGCAAAAGUCUGCCACCAGAAAAAAGUCGGAAAGCGAUGAUGAUGAUGAUAACGAUGACUUCCGAAACACUACUCUUUUCGGCUUGAUGGAAAGUCCCAGGAAGAAACCGCCAAUGCUGGAUCACUUCACCCGAACAUCUACCGCAAGAACCCUUUUCGGUGUUCAAAAGGCACCACAGAGGGAAGGCUCUAGGGCUCAAGUUGACAGACCCAGACCAACUGUCGGUAAACCGUAUGCAAGCACAUUUCGCGACAUGGAAAACGACGAAGACGACGACGAUGAUUUGGAAGCCGCUCCAUGCACCAGAAACGGCCACGACUCACAAAGCAGUUCAAUCAGUCAAAUCUGCCCAGUCAACCAGAAAGAUCGUUCACACAGAACCUAA